AUGAAGUUGCUGUUGUGUCGGCAGGGGGGCGGGGUAAGCGGCGUGGGGGACCUCCGAGUGCAAGUGCGAGCUCGGGGGAUAAGGUGGGGAGGCGACGAGACGAAGGGGCGAAACACCGGUUGGAGUAGGAGAAGUGCAAAGGACGAUACACUCCAUAUGGGGGGGAGUACUGCCAUUGGUGACGAAGGGGAAGGGGGUGAGUUGGCUACUCAGUUGAAUUACCCCCCCGGACAGAGAACCGCAAGGGAGGCGACACGAAGUACCCCCCGUCACCCCCCAGUCGAAGGAGUUAAAAACUGUUUCGCCCACUUCCAUUCCGCAGACCCAUUUGCGGGUUGCAGCAAUGGGGUGGAGCGUCAGGUGGGGGAAUCGCGAAACCCCCCCUGUAGAAGCACUCGUGCGCUUGCAGUCCUUCAUAUGUAUUCCCACCAAGGAGAGAAGAAUAAGUCGAGUUGCUUCACAGGAGGCGACCCACUAAUAAACAGCGCUGAUUUGUCAAGUGAAGGAGGAAAAGGGUCGUGCAUGCCCACGAGCCACAGUCGCCAAGUAGUAGGUAACCCCCCUGCUAGAGUCAUGAACAUAAUUAGACGCAAAAUAGGGCAUACGACAGAAGGGAAAAAAAAGUUCACAUGCAUGGACCAUUCGAACUGCUCCGCGUGCUUGUUUGUGAAGAAGGUCAACAGAGCGUACAGGUGCAUUAGGAAAAGCGGGGUGGGUCACCUUGACCACUGCGCCAUUGGCAAGCAUAACGAACAAAAGGACACAACGUCCUCUCGCAUGGAAGACGGUGUUUCGAAAAAGAGGGGCAUUCUUCGAGGAGAGCAGAGCAAAAACAGGGGGAGCCACAGGAAGGUAGGGUUGCGGGUGCAGUGGGAGGAUGGUUCGUCUGGCCAAGAUGAGCGAGGAGAUACAUGUGAUGGUAACUCAGAUGGUGCGUCUGACUACGCACAGUUUCGCAUCGAUGGUGGGGAGGAGAAGGGGAAAGAGCUCUCCACCCCUGGAGGAUCUGUCCCUAAACGAAACAGUGCUGGAAGUGAAGAAGAAACUAUGGAGGAUGUUUGUGCAACAUGUUUUGGAAGAGGAGGACCCCCGCAGCAGAGCGAUCUCGUAGGAGAAUGUACAUACAGCGAAGUCGAUGCGUACAUGCACGUGUUCAGGGAAAAUUUAGACAAUUCUACCAUGGUGGAUGACAUGACCGAUUUGCAGCCAAUCCAUGUGGCAACCAAAGAAGGAAAUAUGGAGUUAGUGAAAAAAAUGAUUAGGUCGGGAAUUUAUAUAAAUAGUAAAACGAAGACGAGGAAAUUUACUCCGUUGCAUUUGUCUGCAUCCAAAGGGGAUCUAGACUCUGUUCAGUUUUUAAUCGAGCACGAUGCAGAUGUUAAUGCUCUUUCAUGUGACAAUGAAACACCUCUGUGGUGUGCCUCCAUGGCAAAUCAUCUUGAAGUGUGUAAAUACCUUUUAACUCACGGUGGUUUACCUAAUUAUAAGACUGGAGGGAAGCAGUACGACUCUCCUUUGCAUGCAGCGUCCAUGAUGGGCCAUUUUGAAGUCGUUAAAUUAUUAACAGAAUAUGGGGCUGAUGUAAGUUGCUUAGAUUCAAACCAACUGGAGCCACUGCACUACGCUUCAUUUGAAGGACACAAAGGAAUUGUGAAAUACCUCAUGUGGGAACAAAUUCGAAAAGCCGUUCAUACAAAAAUGGAAGAGGUUAUAAAAGCUAUGCACAAAUAUGGGGUGUACUCCAAAACGUUAGAAAAAUAUUACUCUUUAAAGUGUAAAGCAUUUUAUAAAAAAAAAGUUACGAGUAAAAUAUUGUGUUGUGCUAUUACUUCAGGCAAGGACAAAAUCGUUGAUGUAAUUUUGAGGAGAGGGGCUGAUCCAAAUUACUUCGACGUCCGAUUGCAACUGUUCCCUAUUCAUGCUGCUUCCAUCACAGGCAAUUUGAAAAUAUUUAAAAGUUUGGUCAGGAGGGGUGCAAAUAUUUAUGCGACAACGGGAUGUAACAAUUCAGCCAUGGACUUGACUGAAGACGUGGAAAUUAAAAGAUACAUAUUGCAACACUCGAGAAAAAUUAAUUUGAGGAAUGCUUGGCUGGUCAGGGCACGGAACAGUGCCCACGUCCUCUCUCGCCUUUCCCCAGACGCCUUUUAUUACGUGUGUACAUUUUUGUGA